AGCCGUCAGUCCGUGCUGUGCGGCAGCCAGAACAUCGUCCUCAACGGCAAGACAAUAGUUAUGAAUGACUGCAUCAUUCGGGGUGACCUGGCAAACGUAAGGGUUGGACGUCACUGCGUGGUGAAAAGCCGUAGUGUCAUUCGACCGCCCUUCAAGAAGUUUAGUAAAGGGGUCGCUUUCUUCCCUCUCCACAUUGGUGAUCAUGUCUUCAUAGAAGAGGACUGUGUUGUCAACGCAGCCCAGAUUGGCUCUUAUGUCCACAUAGGCAAGAACUGUGUCAUUGGUCGUAGAUGUGUUUUGAAAGACUGCUGCAAAAUCUUAGACAAUACGGUAUUACCUCCUGAAACAGUCGUCCCACCUUUCACAGUGUUCUCAGGCUGUCCGGGACUCUUCUCCGGGGAACUCCCAGAAUGUACCCAGGAACUCAUGAUUGACGUUACAAAGAGCUAUUACCAGAAGUUUUUGCCGCUCACUCAGGUGGCCUCUGCCAGGGUCUAAAAACAAGUCACCACUGAAGAUCUCAAAUACUCAGCAAUGUUAACAUUCCUUAGAUUUGGUCACUUUACCCUCCUGUCCUCUGAAGCAUCACUCUGACCUGGGCUCAUCUCUACACCUCUGCCAGCUCUCUGGAAUGAUGGAGUAUCAGUAGGUUGCAGCAUGCUUCUACAGCCCCUGGGAAUUGUAGUUUUCUGAUGUCAACAUUCAGUUUAGUGAAGUGCAAUGAAACGUGACUUCCAAGAGAGGGCUUUGCUGCACAGCCAAAGAGGAGCUGUAGGUGCGUGGGGAAGCAUGAUGCUCAAAGGGAUGGGGAGGGCAAUGUGAAUGCCUUCUUUCAAGAAUCUUUUGGCAAAAAGCAAUCACUUCAAACAGUAAACCACUAUGUUGCUUCAUCAGUCCUGUAUACUCCCCUUUGCUCUGACCAAGACUGGAGGGACAUGCUAUUUGUGUUGGUCACUCUUAUGUGGGGCAUUUAAAGUCCUCAGGAAUGUAAAACUGGGGCUUCAGAACGCUUCUCUUUUACUCUGUGUCCACCGCCAUCUGCUGGUGGUUGUAAUACCUGCCUGCUACUAGAAUCAGGGGUAACUGUACUCACUGUAACUGGCUGAGUGAGACCAGCCAGUGCAGCAAACACAAUCUGCUUGGAAUUUGGCUGGAACGUGCUCUGAGCCCACUCACCCUCCCCAUUGCUGCACAGCAUUGCUCCCACAGCCAAACUUCUGCCAACCUGCGGGACCACAAAACACCCGAGAGCCAGACCUUCCCACUGCAUACUUACACUUACAUGAUGCUUUGAGUCAGUGCUCAGGGGGGAGAUCCAGCUGCUCCUUUGUGUCCUCAUCCUGGCUUCAGCGUAUGACCAUGCAUGCCUGGAGGGAGAGAGCAGGCUCAUGGCCUAAGGUGCUACAGCUGACCUGUUCUUGUGCCGUUCUUGGUUAUUGUUCAUUGGUGUUUUGUUCUGAGCCAGCAGGCAGCAAAAUCAGAUUAAGGGGUGAGUACAUACACUAAAGUUAUUUUUCUUAACAGAUGGUGUUCUUAGAUUACAGGAACAAGCUCUCCAGGCCCUAGUGCACAUGUGGUCCAUUGCUGCUAUUUUCUUUCCUAAAUAGUAUCCCAUGUGGUGACUGGGACGAGGAAGGUGAAAAAGUCAUUAACAAGGUCAGGCACAAUUUCACUCAGCUGUCAGAAUCUCACCCCCACGGGACAGAGAGGGAAGGGAGAGGUGCCACAAGAGAAACUGAAAAUGACAGCAGGAAUAUGUGAGACCACAGAAUAAAAAAUCAGCAGGAUGACCAGGUUCUUGGAGAAAUGCGGCCAUAUAUGAACAAGCAAUGUCUUGGCUUGGAGGAGUCUCAAAAAUGUGCACGGAACGGAGCUGUCUAAUUGCCAUUUCUCUUUCACAGAAAAAACUAAGUACAAACUGUAACAUGAAUUUCCCUUCCAAAAAAAUGCUUAAACUAAGUCUGCUAGAAGGACUUGACUGAAAAGCUGCUUACAGCCCACAGGACGGGGGGAAAAGGAUUCAAACUAACGUCACCUUUGGCUGUUUCUCGUAAAAGUAACCCCCUCCAAAUGCACUUAACAAAAUACACUUGCAUUCCUUACUGGGAGGACAGUUCUGCAACUGGUAUCGUCUGUGUAUUUGUGUCUAUAAUUUCUGUUUGACUUCCCAAAUCCACAAAUGAUGGUAUUGAUUCAAACAACUAUAGACGUGCAUAACACUGCCUUGAGGAAUUCUGAGUAUUUCAAUAUUGUCCAAUGCUGCCCCAGUCUUUGUGAGCUGGUUCUCAAUUAUAUGUCAUCCCCUUAGAACCUGCAUGCUUGUACUUGUCCCCCUGUGCUUUCUUGAGCCCUUCUUGUACACACAAAUAAUAAACAGGUAAAAAA